GGAAUGGAGUAUUACACCAUGCUCAUCAUAAUGUUGUCUUUUAAUUACCAACUAAUAUCAUUAUUGAAUGUCACAUGUCACUUUUAAAAAAGAAAAUUGUUAUUUUAUCCAUAUAAGUUAUAACUGUAUUUGUGUGAUUAGUUGUUAUCUUGGAAUUGACAGUUGACUUUUACCAAUACCAUUGCUACUCUUGCAACUUCAAUUAGGACCAUUACACACCCAUUUUCUUUCUCUUUCUCUUUCCUUUGAAUGAUCAAUAGCUUUUACAAUUUUGUAUUUUACAUAUACUUUUCUUUUCUUUUCUUUUACAAGUAAUUUGUUUUUUUUUUUUUUUUUUUUUUUGGAAUUUUAUUGAAAAUUUGUCAAAUAUUUAUCAUCAAAGAUGAAAGCUACUGAAUCAUCUUCAUGUUCAGCAUCAACAAGUAGGGUGCUCUACUCUUUUUGGCUAAGUUCUUGUUCAUGGCGCGUUCGAUUUGCUUUAAACUUAAAAGAAUUUGAGAAGAUCAACCCACUUGGUUAUGUUCCAGUUCUUGUUGAUGAUGGGGUUGUGGUUUCAGACUCGUUGGCUAUCCUUAUGUACCUAGAAGAUAAGUAUCCUCAAAAUCAACUUUUGCCGGCUGAUCCUUGUAGACGAGCUCUCAGUCUUCAGGCUGCCAGUAUUGUCAGCUGCAGCAUGCAACCACUUCACAUGAAAUCAGUGCUGGAGCAUAUCGAGAAGAAAGUUGGUCAAGAGGAGAGUAUAACAUGGUCUCAAACUGUUAUCGAAAAGGGUUUCUCUGCUCUUGAAAAGUUACUAAAAGAUUUUGCUGGAAGAUAUUCUACCGGAGAUGAAGUAUCCAUGGCAGAUGUAUUUCUGGCACCACAGAUUUCUAUAGCAAUGGACAGAUUUAAGACUGAUAUGGUAAUUCGAAGUAUCCUACAUUACGCAGGGUGUAUGAAUCAUGUGAAGCUAUGCCGGAAUUUCAAGCAUCUAUACCCGAAAGACAGCCAGAUGCGAAGUGAGUGUAGCUCUGCUAGAGUCUCUCAUCUCACCAAAGUAUUAAACAGUAAAGGUUUUUGGAAUUAAGUAUGUUGUGAUGUAACUUUAUAAAAUUGAUUGUUAGAUCAUUAAUCAACAAGUUUUCUCUUUAUUUUUUUUUAAAACUUUGAAGCUCCUUCUACUUAGGGACGUUGUGCAAUCAACCAACAUACACAUGCUUAGAACCACCCAUGAUGGUCAAGAAUUAUUUUAAAAUAUACAAAGUAUACUGCAUUACUACGAGAGUAUGAGUAGUACGUAGUAUACUAAAUUAAAGCAUUGGCCAUAUGUUUGUUAUAGAUAUGGUAUUUAAAUAUAACAUUGAUUUUGUUAUUAAAAGCCCGUCUAGCUCAGUUGGUAGAGCGCAAGGCUCUUAACCUUGUGGUCGUGGGUUCGAGCCCCACGGUGG